AUGCGGAGGCGAAGGCUAGCCGCCAACGCGCGCGAACGACGGAGGAUGAACGGUCUCAACGAUGCGUUCGACAAGCUGAGAGAAGUCAUCCCAAGUCUAGACGCCGAACACAAACUUAGUAAAUACGAAACCCUACAGAUGGCGCAGACUUACAUCUCGGCUCUGAUGGAGUUACUAGACAGAAAGGACGUGGACAGAUAA